AGCAAGCAAAUACCUACCGAGGAGCGGAGACGAAAAGGAAUAUCUUCAAUUUGCUUCUUUUUUUUCUUUCAAAAAAAAAAAAAAGGAAGGAAAGAAAGAAAAUCCCUUUGACAAAGACCACUUGGGAUCAUUUGUUGAAACCAUCUGCAGGGGUGUUGAAAGAAAACUGUUAUCUGCAUCAUCUGCUUUCCUCUUUUACCUUAUCUUUUUUUUUCCACUGGGAGAAACGGACCUCGGAGUGCAUCAUUAUGUUGAACAAUAUGGAUUUGAAUGCGAAAGAUUCCUUUUACCCUCAGUUUGAGAAUUGCAACAGUUCUUCCUUGGGGAUGGAAAACAGUGCGCGGAAAGACAACCAGGAGAUGUACGUCGAUGCAGAGCGGGGGGUACCUGCCCAGUUUGGCCACGAAGGAACCCCUGCAACCCUGAAAACCGAGGCUUCCAACUCGGAAUUCGCUUUUAACCCCUGUGAGUGCCCAAAAGACACCUACACCCCCUCCUCGCUUGCCUACUCCGGCAGUUUCUAUGUGGAGGCAUCUCAGGGAGCGCCGUGCAGCACGGAGACACUUCUCAACAUGAUCACUGAGAUCGUGGGCAUAUCUACAGUGCCACUUUCGGAAGUGCAAGAGAGCGUCAACAGUCGGGAAACUUACGCAUCCCCUGCGCCUCUGGAGAGCAAUAACGCUCAUUUCGGAGAGUCCGGUGCCAAGAGGCAAACGUACACUUGCCCGGGACCUAAUCACCCAGUAUAUUCUCCAGAUCAGACCUGCCCCAGGUACGCGGACGAUCAGGCCAACGGCCAGGCCCAAGACCCGUCCACUUCCCAGCUCAGUUUCGGCUCCUCUCGAGCUCCAACCCAGAAGGCUGAACCAAAGUCCGAGGCUGCUUCUUUCCCCGUCGUGAUCAAGAAUGAGUUUGAAAGCAGCUGCUACGAGUGGGGCACAUUCAGUAAGUCAGACUGUUUGGAAACGACUUUCCAAACAGAAACCUUCCCGAUGUCUAGUGAUUUCCCCCCCGACCAGCAAAUGGACGUGAAGGACCUUUUAGACACGUUCCCCCCAAUAUGUCCCAACCCGGAGAUGGAGUUUAAAGUGGAGGGGGGGAUCAAGCAGGAGCCAUGUUUCUCUGACACCUGUUCCCAGAGCUACUCCAGUCCUCUGUACAACAGUUACCUCCCGGCGCCGCCGAUGAGCCUCUCCUCCACCCUGAAACCCUUCCCGGAGCCCCCACAGCCCGCGAACCAGUGCGAGACCUUGUACACGUCACCAGCUUUGCCGAGCACCAUAGACUCCAUUUUGUACUCCUCUUUAUUGCCUGACUCUUUUCCUCAAAGUUACACCCCCCGCGCGACCAAGGCCCCCAGGGCCAGGAAGAGCCCCGCCGCCUCCAGCGGCUCAGCCAAAGAGAAGCCCUUCACGUGCCCGAUGGAGAGCUGCGACCGGCGCUUCUCGCGCUCCGACGAGCUCAACCGGCACAUCCGCAUCCACACGGGCCACAAGCCCUUCCAGUGCCGCAUCUGUCUGCGCAGCUUCAGCCGGAGCGACCACCUCACCACCCACACCAGGACUCACACGGGCGAGAAGCCGUUCUCCUGCGACGUGUGCGGCAAGCGCUUCGCGCGCAGCGACGAGAGGAAGCGGCACGGACGCGUCCACCUCAAGCAGAAGGAGAAAAUGGAAAUUAAGCCACAGGUGAGCGCCGGGACGUGGCCGUUCGCUCUCCCCGAGGGGAUUUGAAUGACGAGGCCUCGUGUCCGCAUCACAAACAGGGGCCCGAUGGGGGGGAUCUUUCCGUCUUGGAAGAUGAGCCAGCUGACGCCAAGUUGAUGUCUGGGUUGGUUUUUGCCUGGCAAGUCUCAACGCUUAACCACACAGAGGGGGUUUGACGAAUAUUAGCGUUUAGGAGGAACUGGGAGUGGGGAAAGAGGGACUGCUUCGGCCUUAUUGCCUGUUGCUGCUGACUUUAUGCAACCGCAUACAGCCUGCGUUGUAAAAGUCAGUAAUCAGAUCAACAAGAACUUGUUGCUGUUACUUUGAGUGGAGCCCACCCCCCCUCUGCUCUGCACUGCAUGACUGCUGUUCAGCACCUCUUCGUCUGGACAGCUCCGACCUCCAUUCGCCGCUGAGCAUGGAUGGAUUGCACUUAAAGAUUAUUAAUAUCUCCAUUUAAGAUUAUUAUUUUCUUGCUUUUAGCAUUCUUAGAGCAAUGGAUUGGACUAUGUUUUUAAAAAUGCAUGUUUAUGUCAAUUUAUUUUUCCUUUAAUCGGAGUAUCAACCACUGUCAAAGUCCCCCUUCACUCCAAAGUGGAGGUGUUUGACAUGAAUGUAAGCUAACAAAUUUAUGGUUUUGACCAUAAAGAUGUCCAUUUUUGAUCAAUUUAGUGUUUGUUUAUCUUCUUAUCAUUUUACGGUCGGUGUGUUUGUCAUUGGUCUUUGUGUUGUGUUACAAUUGUUUGGAUAAUUACAGUUGUGAAAGAUAUAUCAUAAAUGGGAAAUAAAUAUAUUUGUAUCACUGUACUUCUUUGUAUUUUUAUAGAUAACUGUAUAUUUUACAAUGAUCAUAUUCUAGCGGUCUUUCUAAGGUAAAAUGUAUAAUCAACCAUAAAAAAUGUCAUGGUUUCUUGAGGGCUAUUGUUUGGUAACACAAUAUUUUAAAUGUGACAAUUUGAUAUUGGAGGCAUUUUCGCACAUCAUCCAACUGCUGGUAUGAUGAGGGUUAUUACAUUGAAUGUCGAUCUAGAUUUAAAAGGGAAUGUACUCUAGUUGUGGUACAGCUUUUUUGAGAAAAAAAUAUUUUACACUUUGUACAGAAUUAUGUUAAGCCAGGCUAGAAAUGACUAGCAAACGACAUAAACAUAAGUAAUCAGGUAGCACACAUUGCUGCGAGUUUCUGUUAACUUUACCUUGGAGAUAAAAGACUUUUGACUUCCAGUAUCUCUUGCUGGAGGUACUUUAUGCUGAAAUGUUCACUUUAGCCAAAAUGAAUUAAUAAAAAUGUUGGGUAAAAUGAACACCAACAGGUUGCUGAAAAAGACAAAAAAAGGGGAUAAAAGUCAUUUAACUCGCCUUAAGUUAUAUUAACUGUUGAAGUAAAGAUUUUGUACAUAGACAGUUUCUACAAUACUUUAAAUUAAUAUCGAU